AUGGAUGCUGAAAAUUGGAGUUCUUUUGAUAGAAAAAUCUUUGAACUUAUUUAAAAUGAGGAUUUAUUUGGAACUACAUCUCCUUAAAAAGAAUCACCAAUGCCAAUAUUAAAAUUUUUUGAUCCCGAUGAGAGUCCAAAUAUACUUUCAGGAAAGAAACCUUUUCCAAUUUAAAAGAAUAUAGUAAAACCAAAGGAAAUCGAAAAAAGUAUAGUAAAAUGUAAAUGCCUGAAAUCAAAAUGUUAAAAAUCAUAUUGUGAAUGUUUUGCUGUUGGAAGGUCUUGCAGUGUUGAGUGCAAUUGUUUAGGAUGUAAUAAUUCGAACUGUUCUUAAAAAAUAAAGAAAACAUAAUGUGGAGGGUGUAAUUGCAAAAAAACUGGUUGUGUUAAAAAAUAUUGUGAAUGUUAUCUGAAAAAAUAGAGAUGCACAUUUUUAUGCAAUUGUAUUGACUGUUGUAAUCAAGAAGAUUCAGAGUCAGAAAAAGAAAAGGAAAAAGAGAAUGAAAAAAAUCAUUGUAUUGGGAUACUCAGUUCUAACUUAUUGAUGAACAGUUAAAUUACUGAACAAUUAAACAAAUGA